AUGUCUGACGGAUUGAACCAGGCACGUGCCUUGCGACUAGCCGAGAUCCUUAACGACUACCGCACACUCCUCCUCCACAUCUCGCAACAGAACGUCCAAGUCCCAUCCGAAGACUACUGGGAGGAAGGCUACGUCGUGAUCCGGGACUCUCUGGGCGGCGCCCAGGCAUUGCUCAACUCCAACUACAGCCCUGCGAUUCCGCCAGCCUGCUCGAGCAGUGACGAAACCGAGAAGCUUGAACUACAGAGGGUUAUCCUCGAUGCCAGCGCGAGACGUUUCCAGGCUCAUCGCUUCUACCUCCGCGCCGCUGCCGCCAGACGCUGGGCUAUCAACCGGGAUAAUUUGCUGCGCGGAGGGCGUCCGACUCCGGGGCACGCUCCGCAACUCAAAGCGGCUAGCAAUACAAUGACCGAGGAACUGGCGCAAGUGACAGACCAGCAUGUUGUUGCGGACUUGCGCGCGGCUGAUACGCGUGCAGGCCACUGGCUUGACGAUGAUCCGUCGCUGUCUGACAUUCUCGGAUGGAUCCAGGCUCAUUCGUGA